AUGGAGAUUUGUGUACGCUUGAAUGACGAUUGCGAAAGCGAUUACACUUUCCAGGUGACUAAAGAUGAUACUUUCGAGUCCAAGAUCAUGAAAAUGUUUGACCGCGACAAUGGGUUGGCUUCGUUUAUGGUGUUGAGACCUUCGAUUUUUUACAAUCCAACACCUAAAGCUUUGACCAAAUCAAUGCAUCCUGGUUACUUGACGGAAAACGGGUGUUUGAUCUUCCAUUACGAUAGCGACCGCAAGCAGUACCGCGAAUCGUUGGAUCUUGACAAAAAAAAAAUCUGGGAACAAAUGUGGCCUGGACAACUGGUGCUACCCCAAUGGGAACUAUCGGGUCAAAACAUUUGCUUCUACAUCGCUGUCAUGCUAGCGUGGCUCUAUACCGAUUUGCCAGACGUUAUUUCCCCCACCCCGGGAAUUUGUCUCACCAACCAACUCUCCAAGAGACUUGUUGUCGUAGCUCGCUGGUACGGCUACAACUCCAUUGCCGAUAAGCUCUUGGAAGAAAUCCAAGUCAACUCCGCCGGCACCGUAGCGCAAUGGUUGUUUUUCGCCCUUCACUGCUUCAAGGUUUUGUUCAUCACUUUGGUCUUCUACACCGGCCUCGUCAACCCUUUGACCUACAACAUUUUCAGAUUCUACAACACCCGUAAAGCCGUGGUUGUCACCAAACGCAACGACAACCUCAAAGAAGUGCUCCGUUCCAUCGGCUGGAUCGGUGCCAAGCGCGCCACUUAUGACGAUUACAGAGACACUUACUACAACUACCGUUUGCAAAAAGCCGGUGGCUUGGUCCCCGCCUACAAGAGCGGAGUCAUGAAAGCCGCCGCUACCCCCGGUGUCGUUCUGGAAAACGGCGAAGGUUUCCAAACCCCCCUCGACAAGAGAUUCACCGAAUCCACCUUCAAGACCAUGGAAAAAUCUCGCAAGUUUGUACUCAGCGAGGAAUACCUGAUCCAACUCGAGAAGGACCUCAAGGAAAACAUCAAAAAAUGCGACGGCGAUGUGCCAAAAAUUAACCAAGAGAUUCGCCAGUUCCGCCGUUUCGGACUCUUCGAAUGCGGGCCCGAACUCACCCGUCUCGUUCAGCUGCGCCAAGAAGUUGCCGCCGAGGCUCUGGCCGAGGCCGAGGCCGCGGCCAAAGCCAAAGCCGCCACAGACCCGGUCGAAAAGAAAACCCAGUAG